ACAAGCUUCGAGAGAGGACUGUCCCCAGUGACACAGAAGAGUUCUAUUUCUUGAUGGGCAAUUACAAGUUUAGAUUGUCAGAUAUGAUGCCAAAUGCCUGGUUUUACAAGCUCAAAGACAUGAGCAGAAGAACCAGGAAGCAUGACUCCUCUCAUCCCAGUGAAAGAAAACCACCCUCCACGACCGCCACAGAAUCACAUGAACCCCAGUUCUCUCAGCCAAGGUGCUCUUAUUAUUCGACAGAAUCCACCAUUGCCGAUAAGUUCUCCAUUUCAUCUAAACACUCAAAAGCCUCAGAAACUCAUUUCCCUGAUCCACCAAGAAGAUCAUCUAAGAGAAGAACCAACAGAAAAACUAUUUACAAGCCUUCUCCUAGACUUGUCACCUCCUCUGUCUCUGCUGGCUGUAGUUGUCCUGCCACGCUUGAUUCAAUUUGGACUGAGCAGAGUCCAUUUCAGUCUCCAACUUACUCUGUCUCCCCUAAUGACAGCCCCACUAUCUCUACCAUCCAUGAAUCUCUUCUUCUAUCUGAUUCAGAGUCUGAACAGUGGGCUGCUCCUGAUUCAUUUGAGCUACGGUCGUGUUCAAGCUCUUGUAAUUGUGGAGUCUGUUCUUCAUCUACUGAUAUUAUCAUUGAUAUGAACAACGAAUCCUUUACCAGGGAAGUGAAGAAUAUAGAUGGGUUUCAUUCGAUUUCAAAGCUCGACCUUCCUCCAAUUUUGACAAGGCCAAUGAAAUCUGAUCAUAAGACCAUUGAAGCAACCAAGUUUAGAGGCUCAGCUAAACUGGAGGAGAUGGAAACACGCGGAUCGCUAUCUGUCAAAAUUUUCAAGAGGGAAAGAAUUAGGACUCAAAAGGAGCGUAAACCCAAUCCUCUUGUUCGAAGGUCCGCUGCUAAUUCUGCUGGUAUAAGACUUAGAGCCAAUUCUCCAAGACUUGCAGGCAGGAAGAUUCGAGCUCAUGCCAGAAAGAGCGUGUCCUCAAGGAAUAGAAGCCUAUCAGGGAGCUUUGCCAUUGUCAAAUCCUCAAUGGAUCCACAGACAGACUUUAGAGAUUCAAUGGUGGAGAUGAUUGUCGAAAACAAUAUCCGGGCAUCAAAGGAUUUGGAAGACCUACUUGCUUGUUACCUGUCACUCAAUUCUAACGAGUACCACGGUCUCAUUGUGAAGGCGUUUGAACAAAUCUGGUUUGAAAUGGCUGGCCUCCGUUUGUAA